UCUGCUAUUUUGGGUCAACACCAUUGUAACAUACUGCAAAGGAAGUAUUCGGGGAUUUCCUAAAAUUCUGGUUGUUUUAACUCACAAAGAUCAGGUAUCAGCUAGUGGGGUUGAACAAAGACGACAUGACAUAUUUGGAGAAAUCUUCAAGAUGUUUCACAAAACGCCAUUCAUGCAACAAUUAGUUAUUGAUGAUGAAAUAUUUGUAAACGCUAAAGACAAACAUGACCCAGAAAUGGCAAAGAUAAAGGCCGCUAUCAUCAGGGAAUCAGAGAGGCAACCAACAUGGGGCGAAUCCCUCCCAAAAUGCUUUAUCCCUUUAGAGUUAGAAUUUGCAUCACUUAUCAGACGAAAUAUUUCUCUGAUUACACUAGAUCAUCUACAGAAAAUAAACUCAAUGCAGCCAAUCAGAUCGUUGUCAGAAACUGAGUUGAAGGUUUUUUCUGAAAUUUCAACAUUCAAUUGGCAAGUUAUUAUUCUUUGAUGAACGUAAAUUGGCAGACCGUAUCAUUUUGGCUCCCACCCUCCUCAUUGAUGCAUUUAAAUCAAUUGUUACAGACAGGCGCUUUUGUGAGGGAAACAAGAAACGAGAAGACAUGUGGGAUGCAAUGGGCAAGAAAGGGGUGGUAUCAAAACAAGCAAUAGAGAGCGUUUGGAAGGCAAAGAAAUAUGUAACAUUUUACAAAGACAAAGAUUAUUUAUUAAAUGUCAUGACCCAUCUGGAUAUAUUGGUCGAACCAAAGAGAUAUGGUUCUGAUCACAAACGUAUCACUGCUGAUUUCUACUACGUUGCAAGUAUGGUUAGAGCUAUAGAUGAUUCUGGAUAUCUCCAAUCUUAUGACAUCACCAAACGAAAUAUUGCAAUAGCCUUUCUUUCGUCUACAAUGAUGAUACCCCCAGCAUUAUCAUUUAGAUUUAUCAGUUAUUGUCUGUAUGUCUGGGCGGUGAAGACAUACGGAGAGACCAAUAGGGACAUGCUGUUCCAUAGGUCAGGGGUUUUCACUGUGGAUCCUUCAGUAGAUAUGUAUGUUCUUUGUGAAGAUCAGAGGAUUGUUGUCCGUCUCGUCCAUGCUGACACAAACACACUUAUAAUGAGGGAUAUGGCGUCCAGUAUUAACGAAUGUUUGGUAUCGGCCUUGGAGAAAAUCAGUCAGUUGUAUAUCAAAACAAGUAGCGAUGAGAGUCAACACAUUGAUGCAUCCUUUACCACAAGCAUAUGUUGUAACUCACCAGAUAAUCCAUGUAUCCUACCAUUAACAAGACUUGCGAACAUUGACAGCAUCUGGACUUGUCCGUUUCAUGGCAUCGAACACAACAUACAUACAAUCACAUCGUGGUUUGCAAGAAAGGAUGAAGAAGAAUGUGAACCAGGGUGUCCAGUUACAAAUGACGACUUUUUGAAAGUGACGCCGUCAGAUCUACACCUACGUCGUUUGUCCUUAUUGUUCAGUAAAAAUGAAGCCAGGGAAAUAGCAAUUAAUCUAGGAUUGUCCACCAAAGACUUGGGUAACAUUUUGGAAACUGAUGAUCCAAGAAAAUGGAAUUUUGAAGUUUUGAGGCGAUGCAGAGACAGUAUUGCAGUGACUUUUAAUCACAUUGAAGAAGCAGUGGAGUCAAGUGGCCAAGAUGAUGUCCACAUACUUUGCAAGCUUGUUAAAGCAGAUUCUAUUGAUUUUGAGAAGGAAGCAGAUAAAUGGGACAUGGUAGCCACAGAGGAGCACAUUGACAGAUUGGCUCCAUUGGUUGGAAAUAACUCACUUCCGUUCCUGAUAGAACUUGGAAUGGAGUUUCAGACCUGGGAGCAGAUUACCCACAGGCAAAACGAACGAGACUUGGUAAGACUGAACAAGGAUAUCUUAGAAGAAUGGAGAUUCCAGUUUUGCAAGAUGCACAGUUUGAAACCAACUUUGAGGAAUGUCGCAAAUGCAUUCAUUAACAUUGGUAAAAAUGUACAAAUCGUUGAGAAAACGUUAUCAGAUUUGUUUUGACUGUUAUAAAUGAUAAUUUUCUCCGGUUGAA